CGCGGUUCAACGAUUGGCAAGCGCCAAGAUAAUCUCAGUCGAUUAUUACGAUCAUUACUCUUUAAUGAGAUAUAUUUUUUUAGCCACUUCAGUUGUGAAGUGCUGCGUUAGAUUGAAAUGGAGAUCAGGGUUUGGCAAGUGAGAAGGAGAAGAGUUGUGACACUCUUUGGGGGAUCAUUAUAAUUUACUUCGUACUAAUCGAAAUGUAAUGGACUUCACUUGAUUUUAGUUCAAUGCUCCAGGAGAGAACCAGGAACUUGAUUUGAUGGAAUUGUCAACAAAGUCUCGUUCCAUUUGCAUAUUUAGGGCUCAACCACUGGAAGAAAAUUAAUCGCAUGAGAAUGAUUUUCCCGAAAUCAUAAUCAAAUUGAGUCAACUUAUCUCGAUUCUCCACUUGACUCGUGAAUUGUCAUUUAACUCGCAUGUGUUCACCGAUCUGGAGGCAGUAUAUUAUUUCAGCGGCCGGGGGUUAUACACACAUGCGAGGAUAAUACGAUGGUUAUAUGAACGAAGUUGACAGGUGCCUCGGUGAAAAAUGAAGAAAAAAUGUUUGAGAAAAAAAAAAGUAAGGGGGGAAAAAAAUCAGGGGCCCCUGAGGACGAGUCAGUGUACAGCAUAAAAUGUAAGCACAGAGGGCUGGCAGACCACAUGUGCCACUCUAUCACUUAACUACCCGUAAUAUAACAUACAACCGUUUUUCCAUGGGCUUUUGUGUGUGUGAGGGGACAAGCAUAUGCACGUGUUUUCUCGAGGGGCGGGAGGAGGAGGACAAGUGCAUGAACUGCCACCGGAGUCGUCGUUUUUUUCCCUCCCUCCCUUUUGCUGGAAAAAAAGGGAAGCGAAAGAAUAUUCGGGGGAGGGAAAAGCUGGUGUCAUAUUCGAAUGUUUGAGGAUUCGAGUGUUUACAGUCGUAACGCACCAACAUCGGGAUGCAAUCUCAUUAAUCAUGGAGAGGCUUGACCCGCCUCUUCAUCGUUUCUCACAUGUAUUAGGGGUGGCUAUGAAUUUUUGAUUUAUUUAGAAUUUCGCGUAUUGGAAUUUCUGAUGUCGUAAUUCAGUCUUAAUUGGGGGGAAGAUUGGGCGACGAUUUUUUAAUUAAUUGAGGAGUGGAGCCGGAUGAGCAGUGGUUUUUUAAAUGAAUUUUUUCGUUUCGAUAAUUUCAUCCUCUUCAGCAGCUUCAUUUGUCCCUCAGGUUUCGUUAGAAAAAAUCGAAAGCGAAAGAAUAUCCAGGGGGAGAGAAAAGGGAGAAGGUGGUGUCAUAUUCGAGGCUUGAGGAUUUAAAUGUUUACAGUCGUAACCCACCAACAUCGACACGCAAUCUCAUUAAUCAUGAGAGAUUUUGACCCUCGUUAAAAAAUUAAAUUCUCAGAAAUCGAAAAGAAAAUUACAGUUGAAACAGUAUGAGUGAUGUCCUAAUUCAUCCCUCAUUAGUAACGAUUUUAUAUAUCACCUCUAGAGCAGUACAUGGAACUCCCAAUUUAUUACAUAAAAAUUUGAUAUUGUCGUGCAUAUCGUAUUAUUCCCCUCAUUGCGUCUUGCAGUAAUUGUGGCAUCACCCUAAGAGCUGGGGGGAAAAAACUAGAAUUACAAAACUCCUUGAGCUCCGCAAAAAGAGUUGUUAUUAAGUGACGCGUGUGCGGCAGCUGUUUUGGCAAUUUUUUUCAUUACGCAUCUGAUUUUUCUCCACUCGCAAUUGUCCCCAAUCCAACGAAUCCCAAAUAACCGAAACCCAUCGCCUGGAGCCCCUGCCUAACCACCCCAAGUCUCCAAUUUCCCGAGAGACAACCGAGGAAAAAUGAAAUAGGAACACCUUAUGUGUGACGGAUCAUGUCACAGCCAACCAUUUUUGUGAGAACGUCAAUUUAAAAUUUUGAAACGUGAAAAAUUCAUAUUUUCUCACACAACAUCCCAACGUCAGAGACAUCCCCCAGAAAUGUCACUCCAAAGGACAACGCACUCUCCCUUUUACCGAAGUGGUCAAGUAAAAAAUGAAUUCAAGAUGUAUCUGGGGGCGAAAAAAAAAAUCCAUAAAAAUGGAAUUAACGAAAGAGAAAGAAAAAAAAAUUUUUAAAACGGAGGGGAACGCACGGAGGAGGUGGAACGGGGGCCGUUGAGAGCAGAUGUUCCAGUAGCCGAGAGGACAACCCCCAGUUAACGGACCCCGGGUGCAAGUACUUGACAUAUCGCAGUCACGUAUGCACCCGAAGAAGCUCGAAGAUGAGGCAAGAGCCACGCGAGUGGGCGGUGUUUAGCCGAUACUGGCUUAUCGCUGGGCCUCUUUUGGUCCACUGGUGAGUAGUGGGGGAAUACCAAGUUCAAAUAUCUGUUGGAGAUGUGGUGAGGCUCUUGAACCUGGGUCAGUACGCUCUGGAGUUUCAUCACAUCUUUAUCGUCUGUUCGAUGUAAUCAUGCUCCUCGAGGACUACCACAUCGUCAACGACAUUCAGAAGCUUCUGCCAAUUGAUAUGGAUUCGACCGAGGAAUUUACUGGAGCCUUUCCAAUGGAACCAGCAACACCAACAACACCGAUCGAUGGAACCAGUGCUUUCUGCUGGUCUCCAGAGUUCUCAACGUCCAGCAGACGUGACUGGGAUCAGUUGAACAGUGUCUUCGAGUAUCCACCGACAGGACGAGUCGGUGCUCUCACCAUUGGCAUCAACUCACCGGGAAGCACCGGGAGUGAGGUGAAUACUCCAACUUCUUGGACUGGUCAGGACUUCAAUGAUUAUUCGAACGAUGGGGUUAGACUACCGUCCGUUGGAACUGCCUUCUCAUUCUCGAGGAAUUUUUGCAACAGUUACUUUGAUGAACAGUCGAACUAUCAGGAAUUUUCUCAGGAUUAUCAGGAUUGCUCGUAUGGGAAGAUGAUUAAUUCGCAGAGUGAACAGGAGAUCGAGGAGGAGAGGAACUUCAGUAAUAUUCAGGCUGUUGAGGAGUUUGAUCUCAGUUUUAUCAGGGGUGAUCCUACUAAUUUGUUUACUGAGGGCAAUCAGGAGGACCUUGGAAAUGGUCAUGACGAGUGCUAUCCCGUUGGACAUUUGGUGACGGAUGAUAUCAGUGACCAGAAUUACGGGAUUAAGGAGGAGGUGGACGAUUCUAAUCAAGUUGUCGUCAGCCAGCAGGAGGCAAUGAUGCUCGAGAAGUGUAACAAUGGGGCGCCGAGUCGUAAAUAUAGCCCAGAAGGGAAUCUGAUUUACCAGUGUCGUUGGCUGGACUGUGGCUGCAUUUUCGCUGAUCAAGGAAGCCUGGUGAAGCAUAUUGAGAAACGUCAUGUAGAGUCUUCAGCUAAUAAUGCACACGGUGGCAAGAGAUCUAAAGACAAAGACAAAGAUGGCUGCAGUGGGCAGGACGUAUUCACGUGUCUGUGGAAAGGUUGUCCCAGAGGUAAACCCUUCAACGCCAGAUACAAAUUGCUGAUUCAUAUGAGGGUCCACAGUGGUGAGAAGCCCAACAAAUGUGAUUUUCCAGGCUGCAAGAAGGCUUUCUCUCGUCUGGAGAACCUGAAGAUUCAUCAGAGGUCUCACACGGGGGAGAGACCUUAUGCUUGUCAACAUCGAGGCUGCUCCAAGGCCUUCAGCAAUAGCAGUGACAGAGCCAAACACCAGAGGACCCAUUUUGAUACGAAACCUUAUCGCUGUACAGCUGAUGGGUGCAAUAAACGAUAUACGGACCCCUCGAGCCUGCGGAAGCACGUGAAAAAUCACACUGAGGCGUCGGUACAGCAAGAUGUUAAACCUCAGAAACAAAAUUUCGAGGAAUCCCUCCAUGAUGACAAUAAAAUCGCGAUUGAUCCUCAAUGCAAAGCCUACGAUGGUGAUAAACACUUUGCCAAUAUCACUGGGGACUGGACCAAGCUGGAGGUCAUCGACGAGAGCCAGCCUGAAUUCGUCCCUUUUGAAUCUGUUGCUAGAAUUUUGGGGGACGACGACAGCUGCAUUGUCGAUUUGGACAGUGGAAUCACUGACUUUCAAGAGCUCAGUCCAGAGAUUGAACGACAAUUCCUGGAUCUCAAUAACCUCGGGGAGACUGACUUUGCGUGAAUUACUAUCGAUUGUUUGCUCUUUAUUAUUUUUUUACAUUUUAUAAUUUGUUCAAUUAGUGGUUAGUUUUAGACUGUGAUUCCUAUAAUCACCAUUUGGACCAAAUCAUGAGGCGUUAGACGUACUUUAGGGUUAAGGCCUUCGUCGAGAAGUUUUAUAUUUUUGUACAUAAAUCAAAGUGUAUAUAUUUCGAGAAAAUACAUUGGGGAGUGAA